ACGAAAACGCUAAAAUGUUUAUAAAUAGAAGUACCACAAAUUAACGAUUCCCAGUUAAGUAGGAUUUGUGCACGAGUUCUUAUAUCCAUCAUGUCAAGCACCGAGGAAAAGUUGAAGAUUGUGUCCUUGGACGUUAAGGACAUAAGGUUUCCUACGUCUUUGCAAGCUGAUGGAUCAGAUGCUAUGCACACCGAUCCCGACUACUCAUGUGCUUACGUAACAAUAAAGCUACACUCAGGUCUAGAAGGUGAUGGUCUCACCUUCACUUGCGGAAGAGGUACCGAAAUUGUUGUUCAGGCAGCCAAGUCCAUGGCUCCCCUGGUAGUAGGACAAAUUGUCACUGACAUUUACAAAGAUUUUGCUACUUUUUGGAGAUCUUUAACCAGUGAAAGUCAAAUGAGAUGGAUCGGUCCGGAGAAAGGAGCAGUACAUCUUGCCACAGCAGCCAUUAUUAACGCCCUGUGGGAUUUGUGGGGUAAACUAAUCAAGAAACCAGUUUGGCGUCUACUGGCUGACUUAGAUCCAGAAGUGUUGCUCUCUGUGAUUGACUUUAGAUAUGUAACUAAUUGCAUUACUAAAGCGGAAGCCUUGGAACUGCUUAAGCAAGGACAAGUUGGAAAGGAGGAAAGGAUUAAGCAGCUUAUGGAAACAGGAUAUCCAUGUUAUACCACCCAAGCAGGUUGGUUGGGUUAUUCUGAUGAGAAAAUCAGAGAACUAGCGCAGAAAUACCUUGAUAUGGGUUAUACUGUAUUUAAAGUGAAAGUAGGAAAAAACCUGCAAGAUGACAUUAAGAGGUGCGAGUUGCUUAGAAGUAUCAUUGGCUAUGAUAGAACAUUGAUGGUAGAUGCAAACCAAGUGUGGGAAGUGCAAGAAGCCAUCGAUUGGAUGAAAGAGUUGGCUCCUUUCAAGCCCCUCUGGAUCGAAGAGCCUACCAGUCCGGACGAUGUGCUUGGACACGCCGAAAUUGCCAAAGCACUUAAACCCUAUGGAAUUGGUGUAGCUACUGGCGAGCAGUGCUGCAAUAGAGUUCUGUUCAAACAGUUUUUGCAGGCACAAGCUUUGGAGUUCUGUCAAGUUGAUUCCGCCCGUAUUGGCGGUGUUAAUGAGAUUUUGAGUGUGUAUUUGAUGGCUAAGAAGAUGGGAGUUAAGGUCUGUCCACAUGCCGGUGGAGUUGGUCUCUGUGAAAUGGUCCAACAUCUCCAAAUGUGGGACUUUGUGGCUUUAUCUGGUACCAGCGAAGGCAGAGUUGUAGAAUUCGUUGAUCAGCAACACGAGCAUUUUGUGAACCCUUGUGUUAUUAAGAAUGCGCAUUAUAUGGCUCCUACUGCUCCAGGAUACAACACAACCAUGAAACCUGAAUCCAUAGCUGCCUACGUAUAUCCCGAUGGAUCAGAAUGGGAAUCCAUGUUUGCCAAGGGUCUGUUCCAUGAUCCUAGAAAAGAUACAGGAUUUUAGUUCUAUAUCAAUUAAUUAUUAUAAGUAAUCCACCAUAAUGUUUUGUCGUAAAAGAUCCAUUAGUGCCUCGCCAUAUUAUAUUGUUGUAAAUAUUUAUGGAAAUCUUAAAACAGUUUAGUACAUACAUAAAAAAAUAAAUUUUUUAAUGUAUGUAAUAUAUAUGGGAUUCGUGUGUCAUAUGAGUUAAUAUAAAAUGUUCAUAAGCUCAAAA